AUAGGGAAUGUCAUGUGUGGCCAAAAAUCUGUGUGUACCAUAGUUAGUUAGGGAAGUAAAAAAAAUAUAGCAACGUUGAAACAUUCCUAAGUUUAAACUUUAAGCUUCAACAUAUUUGGUAGUAGGUGUUUUGAACAGAUACAGUCAGUGAGAAUAUUGUGUUUUUAUUGCGUUUCGUGUUCUUUAUUGAUUUGACACGCGAGGUUACUCUUACUUGUAAGAAAACAUGGAGUUGUCGGAAUUUCUCUCCGCCAACAGAGCGUGAAUAGAGUUUGAUGCAGACACAUACAGUGUUUAUUUAUGAGGUUUCGUGUGUGUUCGUUUGUGAACGAAAUCUGACAUUUCUCGAUGGUAUUUCUCAAUAUAAAGCGUAGUUCAUGUAUGUACCAUUUGAAAACUUACGACUAUUCGAUAUGCUGAGCCAACGAUGUUGACACACUGCGGAAGUAAAUGUAGACGUAUAUAAGUAACAAGUGUUGCAUCGUGGUUUCAAGUGUUAGUGAGUGUUAAAAAAACAUGCAAACAAGAACUUCGCCCUCUGAAUCAUACGUAUCGCGUGUGUACACUUUGGAUAAAACUUGUUCAAUAGCACAUCCUUUAUUUUGAGGAUCGCCAUGGGUUGUCGUCUGCUGUUAUUAUUUCUUUCCCUGUGCAUUUUACCGACUGCCCUUGAAGGGCUACAGUGUCCGUCUUGCACGUACGUGAAUACCUCUGCGAACAUCCCAAGCCUCAUAAGAAAAGCCAUCGAGAGUAUUCUUAGCUUGUUUCAGGAUGACAAAUGCUCCCGUCCAAUUAAUGGACCCACUCCAGGGAUAGUUGAGGAGACAUGCGAACCUCCCACGGGAAAGAUCGCUCGAUGCAGUUUUUACAAGGGGUCCAUAGACUUCGAAUUGUAUGUUACCAAAAUGCCCCUUCAGAUAUACACUCGCGGCUGUUACUAUUCCCUCCCCGCGAAUGUCCCGUCGAAUGGCUGCCACAAUCGAAACCAGAUUAACGAAGACAAGUCUUUUCUUCAGCAGGCCAUGGCUAAAGUUUCCUCCAACUUGGAACUCGUCUCCUUCAAAGGGGACGUCUGUUUAUGCAGCGAUACCUACUGUCAAACUUCCGGUUCUUUGUCCGUGUUUUGUUCCGCAUGCCUAGUUUUGAGCAUGUUUUCUUUGGUGUUAGUGCGGCUGAUGCACUAACGCUUUUGUUGGGAACUGCUCCUCGAUAUUAUUAUCAGAUUAACCCUUUACUACUUAGACGCCUAUUUUGACGCAUUUGUAGUCCAUAGACAGUGAAAUUUAAAUAAAGAAUUUUCUUCCUAAAUUCAAGAUUUUAAGGCCACAUUUCCAACCCUAAGAUACUGAUGUGCAUCAAACAGCAUAAAACUUUAACAGUCUGCGAGUUACUGGUUUUAUGCUGUUUUUACUUUGCUUCUAAGUGGGAAAGGGUUAAGGGCAAAUGUGUUUGGUAUUUGGCAUGUAAUAUCAUUUGAUGGGAAAGGGUAAAACGGCGUAUUGAGAGCGUACAGAAGUAUUGCCGUAUUUUGUUUACUGCUAAUAAUCAAAAGAGACUAAUAGCUGUUCUUAUUUCAAUUUAUGAUGCGUAUGUAUUCAUGUUCAUAUGCAUAUUGUAAUGUUUGUUUUCUAACACAAAGAGACAACAACCGUUGCUUCGUCAAGUUAUGUUUAUUGUUUAGUGAGAAUAUUGUAUAGUUUGUAUGCCGUAUAUUAGUUAUAAAGUAUUUUUUAGAGUGCA